AUGUAUCAAAAUCAAUCCAAUAUUAGUAAUAGUAAUAAUAAAGAUGAACAGCAACAACAACAACAACAACAGCAGCAACAGCAACCUCAACCUUCACUUUCAAUAUUCAGUGUUGUAACACAACCUUUUAGAACUUUAUAUAGUGGUGGUGGUGGUGGAAGUAGUAAUAACAACAACAAUAAUAAUAAUAGUAAUAACAGUAAUAACAACAAUAACGCACCAUCUACAUCUGCAAAUUCAUCACCUUUAGUUACAUCUAUCAAUGGUGUUGUCAUAACUGGUAACACCAACAACAGCAACAACAACAACAACAAUAAUAAUCAUGCUUCUUCGACAACAACUCCACCCACUUUUAUGAGUGGACAUGCAUCAACACCAAGUCUGUCCAUUUCCAACUUUGAAUCACUCUCUGUUGGUAGUAAUUACCAUGGUAAUGGUAGCAGUCCGAACGCUUUCAACAUAAACAACAAUACAAAUACAAAUACAAAUAAUAAUAAUAAUAGUUCACCUAUAUUUGGUUCAACAACAUCAAAUAUCGGAAUUAGCAAUAGUAACAGUGGUGUCAGUAGGAAUCUACGUGCAUCUGGAUCAUCUUCAAAUGCAUCUUCCACAUCGAUGACACCAACCAACAAUAACAAUAACAAUACAAACAUAGUAAUACAAUCACUUUCACUUUCAACUUCACCUUCCUCAACAUAUUCGAUAGAUAACAAUAACAAUAAUACUAAAGCAGCAACAACAACUACAGCUACAGAUAAAUCAAUAGAUAUAAAUACAGGAAAGAAAACGAAAAAGAAGAAAAUGGUGAUUAAAGAAUUUAUAAAAGAGAUGACAGAGACAAGGACAAAACCAAACGAUUUGACUUCACCUCAGUAUACAGGUAGUGGGAGUGGCGGGAGCGGUGUCAAUAACAGCAACAACAACAAUAACAACAACAAUGGUAACCAACAGAAUAACUCUUAUAUUAACUAUGGACAACAACAACAACAACAUCAAUACCACCACCACCACCAUCAACAACAGUUGGAUCUAUCAUGCUUGGAGAUGAACAGAGUCGGACUAGACGAUGCAUCCGAGCUGAAAGAUAUCGACGAAGAAACUCUUUUAAAUAAUUUACAACAAAGAUAUAAAAAGAAUAUUAUAUAUACAAAUAUAGGACCGGUUUUAGUUUCAAUCAAUCCAUAUCAGAAAUUACCGAUUUACACACAGGAUAUAUUGAGAGUCUAUAAGCAACGUAAUGGAGUUCGACUAGCUCCACAUAUCUUCUCGAUUGCAGAGAAAGCUUAUUUGGAUAUGGUUGAUUUUCAUAGGAAUCAAGUUAUAUGUUUAGGUGGUGAAAGUGGUAGUGGAAAAUCAGAGAAUAACAAAUUGAUUAUACUUUACUUGUUGGCUACCAAUCCGAAACACUCUAAUAUUGAGAAUCUGAUAUUGGAGUCGAGUUCCAUUCUCGAAUCGUUUGGAAAUUGCUCGACCAACUCCAAUUUCAAUUCCUCUAGAUUCGGUAAAUACAUUGAGAUCUACUAUAGUUAUCAUGGUGAAAUAAGAGGUGCUAGAAUAUUUAAUUAUUUUAUUGAUGAAUCAAGAGUUACAUUUCAAUCGAAAGGAGAAAGAAACUUUCAUAUCUUUUAUCAAUUCUUGCUGGGAACCAGUGAUGAGGAGAAACAAAUGUAUGGUCUGGCCGAGUGGAAUAGCUACUACUAUCUCAACCAGGGUGGACAAUUCAACCAAGAUGAAAUCAACGAUUGUCAGUCUUUCGAUCGUCUCAAGAUGGCAUUCAGUUUCUUUGAUUUCACCACCUCACAGACCGACCUAAUCUUUCGUACUUUGGCAUUCAUUUUAAAUCUUGGAAAUCUAACAUUUUCACAAUCUAAAUCAAAAGUUGAUAUCAAAGAUAAAUCUUAUUUGGAAGAUAUUUCAAAAUCAAUUUCAUUCGAUCCUUUGAAAUUAGAAGCGAUUCUCAUUCAGGAAAACAAGACAAAUACAAUACAUGAAGCGGUGGAGAAUAGAGACUCUCUGGCCAAGUCAUUGUAUAACAAUUUGUUUCAGUGGAUUAUCGAUAUUUUGAAUUCCAAGCUGGCACCAACCACUGCUUUUGAUCAUCAGAUUGGACUGCUCGAUCUUUUCGGUCACGAGUCUGGUAGCAAUCAACAGCUCAGUGGCUACGAACAGUUCUCAAUCAACUACCUCGAGGAACAACUCCAACAACUCUACAUUCAAUCACUAUUGAAAAACGAACAAGACGAAUAUAAAAAAGAGAGAAUACAAUGGACCAAUCCAAUUGUCUUUAAAGAUAAUACUGAUUCUGCUGAUUUAAUGCAAAAGAUUGUAAGUUUAUUGGAUCAAGAAUCUAAAAAUAUGAAUUCAAAUGAUAGUAUCUUUUUGGAAAAGUUGAAUUUGUUCUUGGGUAAACAUCAUCUCUACACUGUAAAACAAAAAAAGUUUGGUGUCGAACACUUUUUUGGAACUGUGUUUUAUGACAUCAAGGGAUUCAUUCAGAAGAAUCGUGAUGAAAUAUUCCACAGAUCUUCCAAUAUCUAUAGGAAUUCGAUUAUCAAACUGUUAUUCACUGGCACUACAAACAGUGGAUUGAAAGAGUUGAUGGAACAGCCAAAUUCACCGACAUCCAACUCCUCGCCAACUUCCUCCGCCGUCAAGUUGACAUCCAGGAAGUCACCACUCUCCAUUAUCAAGACACUUCCGGCCGGUGCCAACGUUCAGUUUGUUCGUUGUCUCAAACCGAAUGCCAAGAAGCUAUCGGCUCAGUUUGACAAUAAGUUUAUCACUGAACAGGUGCGCAUCUUUGGAUUGGUCGAGAGUUGUCGCAUUCAAAAGUUUGGAUAUACAAUCAACUAUCGAAAAUCAACAGCGUGUCUCCUCGAUGUUGACCAAUGUGCUGGAGAAGAUGAGAGACAGUGGCAUCCAGAUAGAAUCGAUUCUGGCGCCUUGCAUCCAAAUCGAACUAAACACUCUGCUCUUGCGCUACAGAAUCUUCUUCGUGGAUCACUGGCCAAACAAUAUAGCCAGGAACUCUCACUGUCCGUCAAGAACAACACAGCUUUACCAACACUUCCAGUUUCCUUGAUUGUCCAAAUCACACCUUGUACAUCGCCACCCACCUCGCCUGGAACUUUCAAAUCAUUGACAUCCUCAACCGACACUGGAAAUAGUAAUAUUCACUCUCGUUUAUUCUACAAUCGUACAGCCAAUACCAAUAACAAUAAUAAUGUGGAAUCAACAAUAAACACUACUUCAACAACUACAACAACAACAACUAGUAGUAUAAGCACUACUUCAACAACUCCAAACAAUCCAACUAUAAAUAUUCAAAGACCAACUCAUCCAGUGAAACCAACAAAUUUGGCUAGAGGUGUUCCUCCACUCAGAAUUGGUUCGGUAAGAAAGGAGAUGCCAUCACCAAUGUACACACCCAAUGCAUCUCCAUCUUCUGUCACACCAUGUAGUGAGUCACCGUCAAUGGAGUCACCUGCGAUCUCUCCACCGAUCUCACCAAAGCGUGAUAUCAAAACCUCUUCAACCACUACCACACCGACUGGCAAUCAACUAGCACGUUCAAUGCCCUCGUUCGAGAGUAGCAGUGCCGAAGCCGGUUCGCAAAAGAAGAACAAUAGCUCGAUGUCUAUCAAUUUGAACAAUAGCAACAAUAGCAAUAAGAGUGGAGUAUCCACACCUGUCGGUGGUCCGAAUCCUCUGCCUUCGCCUCGCCAACCCGGCAAUCCAAUGCCGUCGCCUCGCACACCCUCUAGCAACCCUUCGCCUACCACACCCAAUCCACUGACUCGCAAGGUUUCCCAUCCAAUUUCACCGAAACUCUCACCAAGUUCACCUUCAUUUAUUUAUUUUCCUUCGACUGCCAGUCCUUCUGUGAAAACCACACCGAAAACUGCUAGCGCUUCUCCCUCGACACUUCCAAAGAAACCGGAACUAAUUCCGCCGGUUAUGCCUAUCUACAGAGCGACUGCAUCGCUUCCUCAUCUUCGAAGUGAAACCACCGUUGGUAUUAUGUCGCCACGACGUCGCUCCAAGUCGAUUGUCGUCAAACAAGCCGAUGCCGAGGAGUUCCUCAUUGUUGACUAUGCCAAACAAAACUUUGAACUGCGUGCUAAAAAGUCGUUGAUCCGAAAGAAAUCAAUCUCCUUUGGAAACCUAUCGAGUUUCUCAAAGAAACUGACUUCGCCACUCCACAAGCUUCCGGAUCCAGCACACGAGAAAAUGGCACUCGAUAUUUUCAAUCAUAUUUUAAUGUAUAUGGGCGAUACCGAACGUAAAAAGCCAAUGGCUCAAAUCGCUAUCUAUGUAAUCAAGUUGGCACUUGAGAAUCCAGAGCUGCAAGACGAGUUGUAUUGCCAGUUGAUCAAGCAACUGACCAAUCAUCCAAAGCGUGACAACAAGGUUAGAGGAUGGGAAUUGAUGGCUAUUUGUUGUGGAUCGUUUGCACCAAAACAAAGGCUACUAAAAUAUAUCUCUAGUUUCUUGCUACAUCGUGGAAGUGAUCACGAUGAUGAAGGAUACGCAAUGAUUGCAUUCAACAGGCUACAAGCAAUUAGCACCUUUGGACCACGUGCACUUCCACCCGUCGAAAAAGAAGUGGAAGCCGUUCAACGACGUCUCAAUCUAAAGGUUCUAUUCCUAUUCCCAGAUGAAGUCGGUGAGGAAAUUGAAGUAGACAGCACUACGACCGCAGGACAAGUCACAGAGCACCUAAUGAAGUUGGCCGGUCUGCGAUCAGAGUCACAUGUUUGGGCGAUUUUCGAAAUCUUUAAGAACAAAGAACGUUCACUUCGCAAGAAUGAAUUCAUUCUAGAUGUCGUCUCAAAGUGGGAAGCGUACUAUCAAUCUCUUAUCAAAGCAAUCUCGAAAGGACACAUGCCAAUCCGUGAGAGUGAUCUAUGCAAAUUGGCUGCACUCCGACAGCACUUUGACCAACUUCAAAAUUCGAAACCAUUCUCCAGUGCUGACAUUUGGCAGCGAUAUAUUCCCGAGAAGAUGCUACUGCUCCACCCAAUCAAAGAGUGGUCUGACAUGAUCCAAGAGCAUUACAUCGAGUUCCAACAACACCUCCGUAUUCUCUCCAAAGACGAACUGAGAAAUCUCAUUGUAAACUAUAUUAUGUCACUACCAUUCUAUGGAUCUACAUUGUUUCUCGAUUGUCAAAUCGAUCAAUGGAGUGAAAUCGAGAUAUCUGGUGCACUAGAUGGAUUCCAUACGGUCAUUGAUAUCAAUGGUGUUCACAUCGUAGCGAAAUCGACAAUCGACAUUCAAAAGAAGAAUAGCAAUAAUCCAAAUGCAUCGGACGAUCAAUCUUCUGUUUCAACACCCAGAAGUGAGGAUGGAAUGGAUUCAGAGAGCGGAUCUGGCUCCAAUGCCAAUGGCGAGCAAGACCAGAUGAUGUCGGUCGGAGGAAGUUUCCCAAAGUGGCUUGGAAAGUCGAAAUCUUUCAAAGUCCUCAAGUCAUUCCCCUAUGCCUCUAUUCUCCAGUGUGACAUUGAACCAGAGAAUAAAACGACAAUCAUCUCCAUUGGACAGGAAGAACUUUGUAUCAAUAGUCCACAGUGUUCUGAGAUGGCGGUGCUGAUCAACGGUUAUCUAAGCUACUUGGCAUCCGAUGCCAAAUACGCAGUGGCGUUGCGCGACUAUACUCCUCCCUCUGAUUCAUUUGGUUUCAAAAAAGGUGAUAUCAUUCAGAUUCAGAGUCGUGGCGAUGACGGAUGGUGUAGCGGUACCAGCAAGAGUGGCAUAAUCGGAUCAUUCCCAAUCGACUAUGUCCAGCCGUUGAUCAACCAACUGUCGACCACUUCCACCGAUGAAAUAUCACUGAGAACAUCGGUUGGUAUGAGAAGAAGCAAACGAUCCAACAAACAAGCAACCACUCAAACAUCAUUCACCACCAAAUCCGUUGAGGUCGGAUCUAAACAUCCACUUAUGACCUAUACCAUCAAUAGACUCCGUUCAUUACCAGCCAUUAAAUUAGCAGAAGGACUUAAACAUUCUACAACUUUAACUAUAUUUAAACUAAUUUUCAAAAUUCUCCUUUCAAUUGCUACUCAACAGGAUUCAAGUAUAUUUUUAACAGAUUUACCAAUAGAAUUACAGAAAGAGAUUGAAGCAAUUUUUAUUGAGGUUAUGAAGUAUAUGGAUGACUAUCCUUUACCCCCAAAAGAACACAAGAGUCGUUUACUUCAGAAUAUCAUUCAAAAAGGUAUCAACAAUCCCAAGGUUCGUGAUGAAUUGUAUUUCUAUAUUUGUAGACAACUCACAGCCAAUCCAAACAAUGAGGGUAUCAGAAAGGGAAUGGUAUUGUUUAGUUUGUGUGCAGGAUGCUUCCCAGCUACAGCUGAGCUCUUCCCGUAUCUACGUUUGUUCUUGACCCAAAUCGAUAACCCAUACUCUCAGACUUGUAUCAAGAAGCUUCAAACAACCGCUCUCAAAGGUCCAAGACUGUUUGCUCCAUGCAAAAAGGAGAUCCAUGCCGUCAAGGAGAGAAGAAUGAUCAGUUGUAAAAUUCAGUUGGCAAACGGUCCUUUGCGAGCCAUUGAGAUUGGACCUUCGACUACAGCUCUCGAAGCACUCAAGGUGUUGGCUGAACAACUCGAUCUUGCCUACUGGAAGGAAUUUGCCAUCUAUAAAGAUUGGAAUGGAAAAGAACAAUGUUUGAAGGAUCACGAGAAAAUUACCGAUGUUCUAGCGAUUUUCGAGGAGAAGGAGAAGCGUUCGCGUAAGGAAGAUGAACCCAUCGUUGGCAAACUGGUACUUCUUCGAAAGAUAUGGAUUCCACACACCUCUUUCUCUAUGAGCAAUGGAAUGUUGGAGCUGAUGUUCUAUCAGUGUGUCCAUGAUGUGUUGGCCGGUAAAAUUCCAGGUCUUACCAUCGAGUUGGCAUUGACACUGGCUUCAUUCCAACUGCAGGCACAAGAAGGUGACUUCAACCCCGAUAAUCCCAUCAUUUCCGAGGAUACUGUCUCACUCUGUAUUCCCGCGACGCUCAUCAAUCGAAUGGAACUCUGUGAAUGGGUACAGAAAAUCAACCAAUCACAUAGUCAUCUCGCUCAGAAAUCGAUUACACCCGAGAAAGCAUUGUCCAAGUAUUUGGAGCGAUCUGCCUCAUUCCCCUACAGUGGAACUACAUGGUUCUCGAUAUUCACCAAACGCAACCAGAAACCAAUGUAUUGGUUCGGAUUGAAUCAGACACUGAUUGUCUUGUACGAUGAACCUAUGGAAAAUGAAAUCGAUCGUUGGGAAAUCGAGGAGGUCUCUGGAUUCACAUACCGUGAGGAUUCGUUCAGUUUCCUAAUUGGUGAUCUUGUCAACCCCACCAGAAAACUGUUCUAUACCGACCAAGGUGAUGAAAUCGGUGAGAUAUUCGAUACCUUUAAAUCACUACCAAAGGUGGACCUAGCUGAACUCGAGAGACGAAAGAACCUCAAGAGAGAAAGAAAAGAAAAAGAAAAGAGAAAAGCUGCAAAACUUAUCGACAAACAUUAA